CUCAAACCCUGCUCUAUACUACCACUACUACUGUACUCUACUAUUUCAGAUUUCACCUAACCUAACCCUGCACCCUCCCUCACUCUCUCUCGACCACAUAAUCAAAGGAUUAUCAUUUCAAAAUCCCAUCUUAGAUCUCAUCUGAUCUGAUCUUGAUCUGAAGAAGAGAUAGAGAUAAUCAUCAUGUCUAACAUCGACAUUGAAGGAAUCUUGAAACAACUCCCCAACGAUGGCCGUAUUCCCAAGACCAAGAUUGUCUGCACUCUCGGCCCAUCUUCCCGUUCUGUUCCCAUGCUUGAGAAGCUUCUCAGAGCUGGAAUGAACGUUGCCAGGUUCAAUUUCUCUCAUGGCAGCCAUGAAUACCAACAGGAAACCUUGAAUAAUCUCAGACUUGCUAUGCACAACACCAACAUACUAUGCGCCGUCAUGCUCGACACCAAGGGACCUGAGAUUAGAACUGGCUUCUUAAAAGAUGCAAAACCAGUUCAGCUCAAAGAAGGUCAAGAAAUCACAAUCACCACUGAUUAUGACAUCAAAGGUGAUGAUACUAUCAUCUCCAUGAGCUAUAAGAAACUCGCCCUUGAUCUCAAACCCGGAAACAUUAUCCUCUGCGCCGACGGCACUAUCACCUUCUCUGUCUUAUCCUGCGACCCUUCAUCUGGAACUGUUAAAUGUCGGUGCCAGAACUCCGCCCUUCUCGGCGAGAGGAAGAACGUUAAUCUUCCUGGUGUUGUUGUCGAUCUUCCCACUCUCACUGAGAAGGACAAGGAGGAUAUUCUAGAAUGGGGAGUACCCAAUAACAUUGAUAUCAUCGCGCUCUCCUUUGUUCGUAAGGGAUCUGAUCUUGUUAAUGUCAGGAAAGUUCUUGGAUCUCAUGCUAAGAAGAUACAACUCAUGUCUAAGGUUGAGAAUCAGGAGGGAGUUAUCAACUUCGACGAGAUCCUGCGUGAGACAGAUUCAUUCAUGGUUGCUAGAGGCGAUCUGGGUAUGGAAAUCCCUGUUGAAAAGAUCUUUCUAGCUCAGAAAUUAAUGAUAUACAAGUGCAAUCUCGCUGGAAAACCGGUCGUGACCGCCACCCAGAUGCUCGAGUCGAUGAUCAAGUCUCCCCGCCCGACUCGAGCAGAGGCGACCGACGUCGCCAACGCAGUCCUCGACGGGACUGACUGCGUUAUGCUGAGUGGGGAAAGCGCGGCUGGAUCCUACCCGGAGCUGGCGGUCAAAGUAAUGUCAAAGAUCUGCAUUGAAGCUGAAUCUUCACUUGACUACAAUCUCAUCUUCAAAGAGAUGAUAAAUUUGACGCCUUUACCAAUGAGUCCACUAGAGAGCCUCGCUUCGUCGGCUGUAAGGACUGCUAACAAGGCCAGAGCGAAACUCAUAGUGGUUUUGACCCGUGGAGGGACAACUGCCAAGCUGGUUGCUAAAUACAGACCGGCUGUUCCGAUCCUUUCGGUUGUGGUUCCUGUUUUGACAACCGAUACCUUUGAUUGGACUUGCAGCGACGAGACGCCUGCGAAACAUAGUCUGAUAUAUAGGGGAUUGAUUCCAAUUCUGGCUGAAGGGUCUGCAAAGGCGACGGAUGCCGAGUCUACUGAGGUGAUCUUGGAAGCGGCGUUGAGAUCUGCAACUAAGAGAGGACUGUGCGAUGUAGGAGAUGCUGUGGUGGCACUACACAGAAUUGGAGGUGCUUCAGUCAUCAAGAUCUGCCUUGUCAAGUGAUGAUGAAGAAAAUGGCUGUGUUUUUCCAUUUGGUUUUUGUUUUGUCUUUCUUUGAUCAAGAUCUAUCUGGUUGUUGUUUCAUGAAAUAAAACUUGGAGACAGACUCAAUCAAAAUCUUGGACCAAUUCAAGUUCUCAAAUCCCCAUAUCUUCCAUCAUUCAUUCCUCAGAUGAAACAGAAAGUGUUCAUUUCCUUAGGCUGAAUCAACAACUAUUUGUUUAGUUCA